CUCUUCCGCAGAAGGUUGUCUCUUCCUCUGCUGCUCCUUCUCCUUCUUCUUCUCUCUGAGGGAAACUCGGGCAAGACGAUGAGCUCGUUCGGCUACGAGACGUACUUCCCGGCCUACAAGCGCCGCUUCGCCGACGGCGGGGUCUCCUCGUCGCCGUCGUCGCGGGUGCGGGGCUUGGGCUACGGGGCGUCCUCCCGCUCGACCUACUCGAGCCUGUCUGCGCCGCUGUCGUCGGUGUCGGUGCGGCGGAGCUACGCGGCGUCGUCGUCGGCCUCGUCGUCGUUCUCGGCGGCGCUGGCGGCGGAGAGCCUGGACCUGACGCAGGUGGCGGCGCUGAGCAACGACCUGAAGGCCAUCCGGAGCCAGGAGAAGGCGCAGCUGCAGGACCUGAACGACCGCUUCGCCUGCUUCAUCGAGCGCGUCCACGAGCUGGAGCAGCAGAACAAGGCGCUGGAGGCGGAGCUGCUGGGCUUGCGGCAGAGGCACGCCGAGCCCUCGCGCUUCCGCGCCCUCUACGAGCAGGAGAUCCGCGAGCUGCGCCUCGCCGCCGAGGAGGCCGGCCACGAGCGAGCCGCGCUGCAAGGAGAGCGCGAGGGGCUGGAGGAGACGCUGCGGGCGCUGGCCGGGCGCGUCGAGGAGGAGGCCGCCGCCCGCGAGGAAGCCGAAGCCCGCCUCUUGGAGGCGCGCAAGGCCGCCGACGAAGCCGCGCUGGGCCGCGCCGAGCUGGAGAAGCGCGUCGACUCGCUCCUCGACGAGCUGGCCUUCCUCAAGAAGGUGCACGAGGAGGAGCUGGCCGAGCUGCAAGCCCAGGUGGCCCAGCAAGGCGCCCAGCUCUCCGCCGAGGCCGACCUGGGCGCCAGCGCCAAGCCCGACCUCUCCGCCGCCCUCCGCGACAUCCGCGCCCAGUACGAGCGCCUCGCCGCCCGCAACAUGCAGAACGCCGAGGAGUGGUUCCGCAGCCGCUUCUCCGUCCUCUCCGAGAGCGCCGCCAAGAACACCGACGCCGCCCGCGCCGCCAAGGACGAGGUGGCCGAGAGCCGGCGCCUCCUCAAGGCCAAGACCCUCGAGAUCGAGGCCACGCGCGGAGCCAACGAGGCCCUCGAGAAGCAGCUCCAGGAGCUCGAGGAGAAGCACAACUCAGACCUCGCCGCACUCCAGGACACCGUCAAUAAGUUAGAAAAUGAACUGCGAACCACAAAGAGUGAAAUGGCCAGGUAUCUGAAGGAAUAUCAGGAUCUUCUCAAUGUCAAAAUGGCUCUGGAUAUUGAAAUUGCAGCAUACAGGAAACUACUUGAAGGUGAAGAGACCCGUCUUAGUUUCACUAGUGUUGGAAGCAUAAGCAGUGGCUACACGCAGAGCGCCACAACCUUUGGAAGAUCCGCUUACAGUGGUCUACAGAGCAGCUCCUACUUGAUGUCAGCCCGCUCAUUCCCUGCCUACUACUCCAGCCAUGUGCAAGAAGAACAGAUAGAAGUUGAGGAGACUAUUGAAGCAUCCAAAAUAGAAGAAGCCAAAGAAUCACCUCCUUCAGGAGAGGAAGAAGAAGGAGAAGAAGAGGGAGAAGGUGAAGGAGAAGAAGGCGAGGGAGAAGGAGGAGACGAAGAAGAAGGGGCCAAGGAAGAAGAGGAGGAAGGAGAAGGAGAAGGAGAGGGAGAAGAGGAAGGUGAAGAAGAAGAAGGAGGAGAAGAGGCUGAGGGAGAAGGAGAAGAAGAAGAAGAAGAGAAAAAGGAAGAGGAACCAGAAGUUGUUGAAAAGGAGGCACCCAAGGGAAAGAAGAAGGAUUGAGAACAAAACACCGUAGUUUGGUUUCCCAGAUCAUUUGAGCUCAAGUUUCCGCACCACUUAUUUAAGUCUCACAAAAAAUGUCCGUAGGUUAAGAAGAAGUUCAAUGUCUGGUUUGUUUUUGUUUUCUUUUCCAAUGCAAAGUAACUCGAAUGCUUGCAGAGUGUCCCACUGGCUGCUCCCAAUCUACGCAUGGUGUGUCUUUAUGAGUCCCAGAGCAAUGUGCAACCUGGCAGAUUUCAAACCUUAAGUGUUUUAAAUGGGAAGGGGAAAAACCUGGGAAUGUCACCGAGGGGGUUGAAUUGGGGGAGAAAGCAAGAGGUCUCAAUUAGAUUUAAAAACAAAUGAAUUACCUGGAAACCUUGGAUGGUAAAAGCAAUGAAGUCUGUGCAAAUUCACCUAAUCAAUAAAGAUACAGAGCAACUA